AUGCUUCGAAGUGUCCGUCUACUACGUUGUCUUAAACGUACUCCAACGCUUCUACCCCGCUCAGUACGGUUUUUCACAUCUGCAUCGCCCCUUCGCCUUCCUGAACCAUCAUAUAUAAGUCCCAUCUCCCAGCUUACAGACCAUUUGGUGCCCAAAUGCACUUCAUGUGGAAUCACCCUUCAAACUAAAGCUCCUUCUGAAAAAGGCUUCUACAAAGAACCCACAGCUGCUCCCACAAAACAUAAUCCAUUAGACAAUGUCUUUGAUUCUCAUCUCACAAAAUUGAGUGCUGAAGAUAGAGACCUUCUUCUUAAUGGAGCUGGUGACCUGACCCCGACCCUUAAAUCUGAAGUUCGCCAUCAUAGAGAAUCCAAAAGAAAGACCCAUAAAGUCCAGUGUGUGCGUUGCCGCAAUGCCAAUUUCAAGGCUUCCUUUGAUCUCAACCAGUUCCCCAUAGAACCUGUCAGUGAGGUCAUUGAAACGAUCCCUCCAAGCUCGCCACUUGUGUACGUGGUAAGUGCUCUUGACUUUCCAAUGUCUAUCAAUGAGGACGUGUUUAAGUAUAGACUGCCUAAGCAGAUCAAGUUUGUGGUGACCAAGACCGAUCUCUUGUUCUCUAAGAAGGAUAUGGUGAAUAAGUAUGGAGAGCGUUUCUACCAGGACUACUUUGAAAGAACAUACCGUGUGCCUCGAGAAAAUGUCUAUUGUGUCAGUGGCACUAGUGACUGGAAUGGCUCGGCCUUAUUGCAUGAUAUUCAAGACGAUCUGUAUGUCAUUGGCACUGUCAACAGCGGCAAGUCUACCCUUAUCCAGUCUCUUCUCCAUACCGCCCAGAAAGAGAAGAGUGAGCUUCCAAAUGCACGCCGAGAACGUCAGAUACAGAAAUUAAAUGAUGAAUUGAUCGCUAAAGGUCGCAAGCCACCUAGUCGCAUGUCCCUCAUUCGUCUGAGUCUUAAGAACAUUUCUGCUUUCAAGCAAGAAAAUGGCCCAGGCGUCUCCUACAUGCCUGGAUUCACCCGUGGCAACAUCCCAUUCCAGCUUACUAAACUGAAGCUCAUUUACGAUGUUCCCGGCUUUUCGGAUGCCCAGAACACCCGGCUUUACGAUGUCAUGGAACCCCAGCAUAUCAAGCAACUUCUUAAAGGAAAGAAGGUCCACAAAGUGGGCAUGUACGACUCGCAUUACGAGAGUGUGAAAGCGGGCCAAGUACUUACUGUAGGCGGCUUAUUCUUUCUACAAGUGCCCGAGAAUGCUAUGUUGCAAGUGCGCAAUUGUCUUAAUCACAAGCCACAUGUAUUCAAGAACUUGGAGAAAGCUCUUGAUGUCUUUAACGGGCAACGUACCGAGGCGUUAAAGGACGUGUUCCUUGUUGAUCCUGCUAAAGCCGAACUCCAAAAGUAUAUUGUCCCAUCUUUCCACGGAAAAAAAGACAUUGUCUUCCAGUUCAUGGGCCACAUUGUCAUAACUCCUACAGGGUCCAAGGCCGCGACCGAGCCGUUUAUAAUCUACCUUCCCAAGGGAGUAGAGGCUAUCUUGCGCCAGCCAAUUACGAACUAUAUCACCACCUCUCUUUCCGGGCGAGACGUGAACGGUAACCCGUUACGUAAAGAGAACUGGAAAUCCAAGAGCACCAAGGAAGUAAAACGCUGGACCGGAAAAAUUCCAUUCUACACAGAUCUUAUUCCCGCCGAACAGGCCUCUUCGAAAAGCGAUACCGAAGUAAUGGAAGACUUUGUGCACCAGCACCAGGCGGUUCUCCAGCAGGAGAUCGUUGCAGAUCCAGAAUACAGCAUCAUCUCGAGCUUUACAGACAAGAAGAAGCCCAACUUCUUUACUGCUCUUCGGACCAGGAAGCUGUCCAAGGACCUUAAUGGCGUGUUGCGGGCGCGUCCUCUUAGUCAACUGUCGCUGCUGCUGAACUUGAAUGUUAAUACUGCUUCAAAGCGUCACUCGGUGCUUCUUCUGCCUACAGAAGACAAGGAAAACAACGUUCCUAGGUUGCGGAAGCACUCGAGUGCAUCCAAUUUGAAAGACUCCAGAAGAAACUCCAUGAUGGUGAGACUGAAGAUCUCUGGCCCUGUUGAACGGGCGCCCUUGAGUCCUCCAUCUGACAUUGCUUCGUUCGAGACUGAAAUGCUGGACAGAUUGUCUCCUUAUACCCCAUCUGCGCCUGCUUUCCAGGCUCUUGACGAUGUUGACGUUGCUCCAAUUUACAACUACGACCUGUUCGACUGGGACGAUGAGCCUUGUAGCCCUUCCAAGCUACAUCGCACAACUAACAUGAACAAUAUUAACGACUUCAUCAAAUCUAUGGAUACCCUGCUCUUGCCUAUGUGCAACAGAGCCAGUCUCGAGUUCGAAGCCAAUGAGAUAGAGCUCUUACACAAGAAGCUCAAACUGGACCAGCUCGAGUUGAAGUUGGUGGAGAAUGCCAUCUUCUUGCAAUUCUUCGAAGAAGAAGACCGCAAGGAGAACCAAAUGGACGUGAGAUUCUGGGACGAUGUUGACAUGACCGACGCACUCAAAAAUGAACCUUAUGGUGAAGAAGACGAUCUUUAUUUGUAUAUAUAG